AGCCCCUCGCGCCCCCUCGUGUAAUACCGUAUCGCCUGCGUCCCCGAACCGAGCACAGCACCUGUCCGCGCGGAUCACGCCGCGUCACCGGCCGCGGAGCUCGCGCUGCGCCUGUCACAGACAAAAACACCGCCAGGACCCGUUUGUUCCCUGUAUUCCUCUUUUUUGCGCGUCUUAUAAAUAGGUAAAAAUGACGAGUCUGAAGAACAAGCACGGGCUCGCGGAGAUCAAAGCGCUGGAGAAUCUUCUGGACACGUGCAAACUGGACCUGAGCGCCGUGGAUGAGAUCUGGCCCAAUUUGUUCAUCGGUAACGUAGCUGUUGCUCAGAACAAAAGCACUUUGAAGAAGAUGGGCAUCACACACAUCUUGAACGCUGCCCAUUCGAAGCAAGGCAGCAUUGGAGACCAGAGCUACUAUGGCGAGGAGUUUGUUUACUGUGGAAUCCCAGCAGAGGACUCUUCAAAGUUUGACCUCAGUGUACACUUCAAGCCUGCGAGUGAUUUCAUCCACAAAGCCCUGAAGAAGAAAAACGGAAAGGUGCUUGUGCACUGUAUCAUGGGAGUAAGCCGCUCUUCUACGCUGGUCCUGGCCUACCUCAUGUUAUAUCAUCGCCUCACUCUCCGCAGUGCCAUCCAGAAGGUCAUACGGAGGAGAGCCAUUUAUCCUAACAGGAACUUUCUGUCUCUCCUACUUGAGCUGGACACACAACUGCAGAGGAAACGAAUGCUGUGUCCAAUUCUCUAACAGCACUGUGCUGCCACGAACACUCCAGUAUAAAGCUGGAAUAAGACUAGUCACUGUUUACACCAUUUAUAAAUGAUACCAUCCUGUUAUAAAGAAAAUAGAAUUUUUUUAAAUAUAAAAAAAGCUUUUCAUUGUAUAAGAAAGGUGCUUCCAGUUGAAGUGUUUGAUUUUGAAACUGGCUUUAUUUAGGGGUUUACAGGUGAAUUGAAGAAUGAAGGAGCUCAGCAGGUAUAGGCUACUCAAAGGACACACCUACUGAACACUCAAUUACCAGAUAUCUUAAGCAGGACAAGAGCCAAUGACCUCUGGUCUACAGGAACAGUCCAGAUCAUUCUCUGCUAAACACAGAGUUAUGACGAGAGCAGAGGCUGAUCAAGCCUGACUGUUAACAGCAGUUAUUUUUAUUCUCGGUCGUCAGGGAAGAAAAGGCAUGGCAGGGCUGAACUGCAGCUCCAGGAUUCCAGCAGAAAGAAAAAAACGUUUGAAGCAGGUAGAUUUCUCCAGCAUGUUCAGGAAGCCAACAAUAUUAAUGAGGUUACACUUCGGUUCAGCUGAGAACACAAAGUGAGAUUCUCAUAUAGACAGAAUGUAAAUUCUGUCAGCACACAUUGUACAUUAUUGUACAUAUUUAGCUUUGCUCAGAUUAGUGUAAAUACUUUCUAGGAGCUCAUAUAUAAAAUCUUUACAAUAGUUUUAAGAGUAUUUCAGUUUAGUUACACUUUUUAAAUCACUCCUGUGUAAACGUAUAUGUUAAGCCCUGUGGCUAUGAGUUUAACAGUAUAUUAUUUAAAAUUAUUUAAGAAUAUUUUAUCUUUUAUUUAUAGAUAGUUUGUCUUAAUCUAUUGGGAUGUGUAGAUUUGAACAAUGUUCGUUUAGACA